AUGUUAACCCGAGUGCAACGCGAACUAUCAUCGGUACACCCACUAUCGCUAUACCGUAAACAGCGGCGAUCGAGUAGUACAGCGCCGGGCAGUGCUGGUCGGCGGCAGUCGGUAACGGUUAGCGGUGUCAACGGUCACGUCAACGGUCCGGUCAACUGUCCGCCACCGACGGGUCAGGCCUUAGUGGCCAACUGUAGCACAAGUACUACCACUAGUAGUACCGCAACUACAGUCGUGGCAAACGACAACUCGGUUGGCGCCAAACGGCUCAAAAAAAUACUGUCCGAAGUGAAAGAGCGCCGAGAGAUAAGGGAACGCAAAAAGUCGGACCUACAAGACAUGGAUGGCUCGGAUCCCGAUAUUACCGUGUAUUUUACUGAUCCAGAAUUCACCAAGACCAUUAACUAUCAGGAAAAGCUCAAGGUGUAUAACUUUUUGAAUAAUCCGCAGAGUUUUUGGGCCAGAAGUUAUCACAUAUUGGUGUUCAUGUUUGUGUUCGCCGGUCUCAUUGUUACCGUGUUCUCCAACAUAGGCAAAUUCGCAUCCAGCGCGUGGAAAUUCAUCUACCUAUUCGAAAAAUUCAUAAUCAUCUGGUUCAGUUUCGAGUUCAUACUACGGCUAUGGUCAUCAUCGUGCAAGCAACAAUACGAGGGUUGGCGUGGUAAAAUCACCUACCUAUCUGUACCAGCCCACGUACUGGACCUCAUAAUCAUAUGCUCAUCAAUACUAAUCGUUAUACCCAUACAUACGCGCAACGGGUCGGAGGUGUUUGCGGUGUCGGCCUUCCGGGGGUUUCACCGCUUUUUCUCAGUCCUACAGAUCGUUACGCUUAACCGUCAAUUAAAACCCUGGAAAGUGCUAUCGUCGGUGAUCUACGACCAGAGGGAACAGUUGUUUAUUAUAUUCUACAUAGAGUUUAUUGUGUUGUGUAUAUUGGCCUACAUUUCCUACAUUGUGGAAAAGGAUGAUAACGAACAGUUUGAUAAUAUCGCCGAGGCUAUGUGGUGGUCGGUGGUAACAUUGUCAACGGUAGGCUAUGGGGAUCGAAUUCCGGUAACCUGGUUGGGCAAACUAGUAUCUAGCGUGUUUACGGUGUUAGGUGUGGCCAUAUUCGCACUGCCGGCCGGUAUUAUCGGCGCCGGAUUGGCCCUUAAGAUCGAGGAGGAGGAGCGUAAUCGGCAGCGGCGCAAGAAAAAAGCAGCGGCAGCCACCUUGAUACAAUGCGCGUGGCGAUUGAGCAAGGCCAAUGUAAAGUAUAAUGAAACAUCCAGGUUUUUUGGUCACCGCCCGACCGAUAUAUACAAGUUUUACUACUUCGAAACUAUUGAGAAAAAGUUCAUUUAUUUGACCAAGUUCUUUAUUGCCAAACAACGGUUUGUGGAUUUAUUGCGCCCAUUGGAUAUUAAAAGCAUUAUUGAGAGUUAUAAAUAUGGUCAAUUGGAUGUGAUGAGCAAGGUCGGCCAUAUGCAGACCACCAUCGAUACGAUUGGCACUCGAGUGGGUCUGAACGAGAACUCAAUACAGAGCUCACAAUCGGUACUCAACCAGAAGAUCGAUAGUAUCGAUGCGUUGAUAACCGAAAUACAGCAUAAACUGGACCAACAAAUGGCAAUCAUUGACCGCUUGUCCGGACACCCGGUGUUUGAUCACCGGUUCGUCGACUGUAUCGAUGAGAUCGCACGCAAUGGCAUACAAGCGGUCAAUACGUGUCGGGACUGCAAACGGGGGUCGCAGUGA